GGAAAGCUGAGCCAUUGGCGAGGAAAAGCGCCCAAUAUCAAUCCGGGAGAGGCAGAACAAGCGAGAGUCUCACACAACACAAAAGAUGCAGGGGACCAUGCGGUUGUGGCUUUCCAUGAUGACACUUGCCCUGUGUUUGCUGAUCUGUCUGGGAACAUUGGCAGAAGCAUAUCCCUCUAAACCAGACAGCCCUGGUGAGGAUGCACCUGCAGAAGAUAUGGCCAGGUACUACUCAGCAUUGAGGCAUUACAUUAACCUCAUAACACGGCAAAGAUAUGGGAAACGAUCCAGCCCAGAGACACUGAUCUCCGAUCUUUUGUUGCGAGAAAGUGCAGAAAACAUUCCAAGAUCUAGGUAUGAAGAUCCUGCAAUGUGGUGAUGGGUGUCACACCUCACCUUCAUAGUUCUUUCCUGGUUUCCACUCCAUGUGCCACUGGUAGAAGAUCAGUUGGAAGUCCACCCACCAGUGCAUGCAGUCAUUGUCCUGAAUUCUGUAGGUUUUUUCUCCCUUCAUUAUCCUUGUACGUAUGUUUAUUUAAAUAAAUUACUUGUGCACUAUACAUGGGAAGAUUUUAAUGCAGGAGAGUCACCCUAAUGAGGAGUGAUUUUUCAAGCUAUUAAAAUUUAAUUUACAACUUCAUUAUUGUCUAAAAUAGCAUGUAUAAUAAUUGUAGUACCCAACCUAAUAAUUGUAUAAAAAGUAGCAUUCAUUUUACAUAUUUCGUAAAUAUGGGGCUCACUUUUAAGAAUUGAUUUCUACAACAUUAUUUAU